CUCAGCGAUGAUGACCACAGUGGGCUAAUCAGAUAGUAACGACGAAACGUUAAUGUAAAUAAAUUAGCGGAUUUAUUUACUUAAUUUGUAGCGUUUUAACACCGCAGAGGCAGUAUUAGCCAUCCCUUAAUAUGCCUCUCCGGGCCGGCGAGCGGCAUGGCGGCGGCAGGUUUAUAUGCUUCCUUGUUUUACUGAGUGUCGUGCUGUUUUCAGCCGGAGUUACAGCAACUCAAGAAGAGAAGAAAGUCAUUAAUGAGGAGCAGCCCGCAGAGGUACAAAAGGGGACCACCGAUCAUGCACCAGGACCUGCUAUCCGCGUCGAUGAACCCAAUAAGGGAAAUUUGGGCUUUAUUCAUGCCUUUGCGGCAGCCAUCUCUGUCAUCAUUGUCUCUGAACUGGGAGACAAGACGUUCUUCAUUGCAGCCAUCAUGGCUAUGCGCUACAAUCGGCUCACUGUUUUGGCGGGUGCCAUGUUGGCUCUGGGUCUCAUGACCUGUCUGUCAGUCUUGUUUGGUUACGCCACCACCAUUAUCCCACGGAUCUACACCUACUACAUAUCGACAGCUCUGUUUGCCAUCUUCGGAGUGCGAAUGCUGAGGGAGGGAUUGAGGAUGAGUCCUGACGAAGGGCAAGAGGAGCUGGAGGAGGUCCAGGCUGAGAUCAAGAAAAAAGAUGAGGAGCUUCAGCGCUAUAAACUGGCCAAUGGUGCACCUGACGUGGAAGCGGGCACAGCGGCGAACAUGUUGCCUCAGAGGAAGUGGCCCAGCUUGAUUUCACCUAUAUUCAUUCAGGCACUGACGCUCACUUUCCUCGCAGAGUGGGGUGACCGCUCUCAACUGGCCACUAUUGUGCUCGCCGCAAGAGAGGAUCCAUUUGGAGUAGCAGUCGGGGGGACUCUGGGACACUGUCUGUGCACAGGACUGGCUGUUAUCGGCGGGAGGAUGGUGGCUCAGAAGAUCUCCGUCAGAACUGUUACAAUCAUAGGUGGGAUCGUUUUCCUGGCCUUCGCCUUCUCCGCCCUCUUUAUCAAGCCUGACUCUGGAUUCUGAUGACCGAAGCGACUCUUGGUCUCAUUUUUGUACAUACAGUCACUACAGUACAGGCCAGAACUAGAGGAACACAGAGAAACUGGCCAAAACGAACUGCAGAUAUAUUUGAGUGAGUGAAUGGAAAAUCUGCUCAUGUCUUAAUGAGCAUUUCAGUUUCUUUGGCUUAAACCUUCCGUUGCUCUUGUCUUUCUUUACUGUUUAGUUCUGUUUUUAGGUUAUGAUUACAUUUCUCUGGUUUGCCGGCUAACAAUUUACUUGAACCUGCCAGACGUUCAUAAAUAGUGGCAAAUAGUGACAUUUUAAAUAACAAAUCAUGAAUAUCAUAUGAUUUUUACCUCAGUUUGAGCAGUGCACCAUGGGUAAGUGGUGGUUUGGUUUCAUUCAAAUGUAAAACUUGAGUAUAACAGCUCUAAAGUUGUAUCUUGUCAUGACAUCUUUCCACUACACAGUUGUAAAUCUACUUGCAUCUCAGGAGUCUUUAUGGGCAAGAGCCUUAGCAAUAAAGUCGUAAUUCUUUCAUUGGUAAUGAACUACAGCUCUGAAUUGAACACCGAGUAUGCUAUAGGAACCGGUUUGUCCUUUACCACAUUACCAAAGGCUCAAAACGUAAAAUGAAAUGAUGUGAGAUCUGAUUACAUCAUCACAUGUGGCCUUUGACCCAAGUCCUGAUCGUCACAAAUGUAUUCAUGUCACUCCACUGAUAACAUAGUGUGAAUGUUUCCAAAAACGUCUCCGAAGGAAGCACAACUGUACAUUUGCAGUCUCUCUUUCAAGAAAGAGUAACUGGAUCAUUUCUGGAGUUUUCCCCUUUUCCUCUGAAUAGUUUUUAUUUAUUCUAGUGUGGAAUACAGGUAUUGAUUAUUUUGUCUUGGUUGAAGAACGUGUACAGUUGAGAAGGGUUCUUGGGGUUUUUUUUGUAACAUUUUCAGGAUGACUUUGUCAAUAUUUGACAGGGGUUAACUUGUAAAGUGUGCUGAACUAUUAUAGAGAAGCUACAGAAAUGUUAUUCCUGUAAAUAUUGAAUUAAAAGGUCAAUCUCA